AUGGAAGAAGAGAAGAGCAAGGAGGAGAUAGAGGACUGGAAAAUUUACGAAGCAUUAAGGAGUAAAAGCCCAACCGAGAUGGAAGCAGAUGUUGGUAAUGAUGUGGUGACAUCUUUAAGAAGCGACUUAGCCGCACUACAAUAUAAACGUGAUAAAUUAAUCUCUGAAAAUAACGAUUUAAAGAACCAAAUGUUGUCUCGUGAUCAAAGAAUAUUAGAACAGCAAGUGGAAAUCGACCACCUGCGUGAACAAAAUGCACGUCAAAACGCUAUUAUAUCAUCCCUCAAAAAGAAAAUUCAAGACCUCGAAGAAUAUCAACGUAAUUUACAAGCUGCGCAAGGUAGAAGUGAUUUGACUGUGCAAACACUUCAAAGGGAUAACCGUUACUGCGAAGAGAAAAUAAAAGAUUUAGAAAAAAAAAUAAGAUCUCUCGAAUUGGAAUGUAAUAAUGAAGAGCAGCAAAAAGAAAAUGCGCGAUGUCAAUUUCAUGACCUAAUUAGACGAUUGUCUGUUGCUUUGGAUUCAGAUUUUUGUGAUACCAAUCAUACCCAUUCACCAGAAAGCCUUAUUAUCAAAGCUUCAGAACUUGUGCAAGAGAUCACAAGACUUAAAAAUAAAUGUAUGAACACGACAGAAAACUUAUCGACCAUCGAGCAGGAUCUUAGAAGUUGCAGAGAUUCUCUAGAACGUGCAAAUACCGAUAAAGACAUGUUACAAAGACAACUUUCCACUCAACUUCUUGAUAUAGAAAGACUUAAACAAGAAAAAGAAUCUCUCGCUGUUUCUAAUCGAGUUCUUGAAAGAGAACUUCAUGAAAGCAGGGAAAAACUAACUCACUGUUCGAAGAAUCUUAAUGUUGUAACUGAUAACGUCAACCAAAACGAAUCAAUGAUAAUCCAAUUAAAAGAGGAUUUGCGACAUCGUGACGAAAAAUAUCAAAGACUACAGACCGAGUUUCGAAAUACGAUGGAAUCCAUUGCAAUCCUACUUAGCUUGCCAACACGUUUUGUCGAAGCACACGAAAGCACUAUCAAAGAUCGUAUUAGAGAAAUAUUAAGUGACAAUAAGGAUAAAUCUGUGCAAUUGGAAGCGUUACGAGAAAAAUUGGGCAUGGAAUCUCAGCAAUUGGGCAGAACUGCUCAUUUACACGAUCAAGCCACUACCCGUGUGCGGAUCCUCGAAGACGAAAGGAAUAUGCUCGAAACGAAAGUUCACAAAUUGGAAUCAGAACUAAACGCAAUGGAACUUUCCAGAGAUAAUCUUCGAAAGGAUAAAGCAAACUUCGUGGCAUUCCUCGAGCGACUCAGCCGCACUCUUAAUAUGGAUGAGUUGACCCAGGAUAUCGGCGUAGAACUACACACUGAAUCCAUUAUACACCGAGCAGAGCAACUCGCACGACUCGAGAGCGAUAAAAUCGUAGACAAGCUGCUAUAUUAUGGAUACUAUGGCACACUCCCGAGGCUGCGAAGAGAACGAUCUUUCCAUGAUUUACCUUAUCUUAAAGAAACAGCCGUAGUAUAUCAACUCCAGCGUCGAAUACGGAUAUUAAGGGAACAGUUGCAAAGAAAAGAUUUACACUUGGAUUUACUAAGGCGUAAGCUUAGCGUGCAGGAAGAGAGUUCAAGAGUACGUGCAGUCCUGCAAGCCGAACGAGACGAAGCGGUGAGUCGCAGUAAAAAACUAGCGCGGCAGUGCGACAAACUGGGCGUGCAGCUGAGCGACGCGCGCGCACAAGUUCGCGAUCUAAACGCACAGCUCGCCGACGCCGCAGAAUACAAGAUAGCUUCACUAGAACGAGCACGCAAAAUAGAAGAACUACAAAAGAAACUCGACGAAGCGGAAUUACUUCGAACGAGAUACAAUCGUAAAGUCAACGUUUUAAAGGAUCAAGUCAGAUCUACUGGCGAAACGUUCGAACAAGAAAGAUCAACUGCGGAACAUCAAAUUAAUAUGCUGAGGGACGAGCUUUCCAGAACAAAGGAAGCUCUCGCUGAAUGUCAAAGGAGAGAAGCACAGUUACAAAGCUUUAGGAAUUCGAUUGCUAAGCUGCUGGGAAUAUUGGUGCCAUCGUCUGUGUCCGACUUCGAAAUGGUGUCGCGACUUCAGAAGUUGAUAGAUGCCCAUCACGACUUUACGAUUGUGUCACGACGUUACGACGACCCCGCACUGCUGCGGGCUUCGUCCAGAUCACCGCCCCCUUCACGGUGCAGGACACGAACACCAGAUCGAUCCCUACGCUAUGAUGACUCCGGAUACGCCGACCCGGCGUUCGAUUUGGAGGACGAGCUUUACAAAGGGCGCGCGGCGAUGUGACAGUCGCGCCGCCGCGCCCGCUUCUAGCCGGAAUAGGCUCGGCGAUACGAAACUUUAAAAAAAGUAUAGACUUUACUUAAAUAGUAUCCUAAAAGUAAUGACGGAAUAAAUACUCAAAAUAUCAAUAAUUGGUACCAUAUACAAUAUAUAUAGAUAUUUAGAAUACUCUUCAAAUACUCUUCGGCAGGUUUACGUAAUUUGUCCAUUAGUUAAUUCAUUAGC